UGCAAUUCCUGGCAGCAGCCUCCUGCAGCAGCCUCGGAGGUAGUGUGGUUUUACACUGCCCCUUACUGGGGCUCUCUCAUAGUGCAAGAACUGAAGGAGCUCUGGAUGUCCUGAAGUUUGUUGUUUGUUUUUUUUCUUUUUGUAUUCGUUUUUGGUUUUUUCCCCCAAGCAAUGAGUUUAAUAAAAUAUAGUCCUCUUCUGUGUGUCAAAAUGCAUUAUUUAUAAUGAAAGUUGAUUGAGAGUUAAUUUUAGUAUUUCUUGAUGUUGAAGUGUGUUUCAUCGUGUACCUAACGUUUGUUUGAAAUCUCCUCAUGCAGUUUGGUGAUAAAGGCCUUUGCAGAUCCAAACUGGUGGCGCCCAUGAAAGUUUGAAUGAACUAGGAUUUGUCUUUUAUUUUUAAACUAGUAGCCAGUAGGCUUGACUUUGGGCCACAUUGGCACUGCAUUGCCAUUCAUUCCACAGAUCAAAAAAUCUGAAACAAUGAAGAAUUAGAACCAGAGGGAAUUCUGUUCGUUGUUCCUGGGAACUGAGAUAGAGCUGAAUUCACUCGAUAAACAUAAACCAACCUCACCAUUCAGCUUUGUUCGCUAAGAGUAGAAUUCUCUUUAGAAUUGGGAACAUUUUGUUUAGCUAAAUGUGUUACAAGGUUAAAAUGAUAAGCUGUGGAAGGGGGGGAGGAGGAAGUUAAAACAAUGCAGUGGAUUUUUCAGUUUGAAUCCGAAAGGUAACUAAACUAAUUAGUUCUAUUCCCAUGAUCUGUGGCACCAGUAGAGAUUUCAUUCAGAACCUCCCUCAGUAUCUUACAGUACUAAGAUGGAGUUCAGUCACUGGAGUUUUGGUAUGUAGUGUAAAUCUCCUAGUGUUCUGUAGAUCCUAAUGAAUUAGCAUUUUGUUAUGGAGGAGCAAUCUUUGAAGUGCUUUUAACUGAUUAAUGCAAGUGAUUGUAUUAUCAAAAUUGAGCUUGAAAGUAUAAAUGUCCUCAUAAUUUAUAGAACAUUGAGCUUAUUUUGUAUGACAGCUGUCAUCUGUUCAUAUGCAUUGUACUUUUUGCUGAGGUGUUUGGGGGAGGGAUUUUCAAUGGUAUCUGAAGUUCAGUAGAUAUCUUGUGGGAAUCAAAAAAGAAUACUAACCUGGCUGGAUUCCCAGCUCCCCUUGUGAUGCACAGUUUAGCACCCUACUAUAGGGACUAAUUGCUCAGUUAGGUUAAUGGACUUGUGAAAAUGCCUAAAUACUCUUUGACGAUCUGGCUGUAUAUCGGUGCUGUACAAAUUUUUGAAACUGGUGAUCCUUGUUGGGCCUAACUCGCUGAAGGAAUACCUCUCCUGGGGCAUUUGUUAAAAGGCAGUAGGAGCAGCACUUUGUUAUUCCUUCACUUAUUCCACAUAAUAGUCCUUUUUGUGCAAAAACUGCAAGCUUCUUUACAGAGUGAGGAUGGAAGAGGACAGAGGGUGAGGGAUUUGGGGGUUUUCUGAGGUUCUGGAUGUAAUAGGACACUUGACUACUAACUGACCUGAAACUUGUGCUCCACCUUAGAAAGAUCUGCAGUGAGAGACUUUCACCUUCGCAUAUCUGAGAAUUUUCUGUCUCGGAAGAAAGGGACUUCAUGUAUGAGAGUUGUCCAAGAUGAUGAUGUAACUCAGAUAACACUCAAGGUCUCCUGAAAAUAACUAACUUUGUAAGAGGCUUUUCCAUUUUUUUGAUAACUCGCCCUCUCAGAAUCUACAGACAAGAUGCCCGCCAAGACACCCAUCUACUUGAAAGCUGCGAACAAUAAGAAAGGGAAGAAAUUCAAAUUAAGGGAUAUCUUGUCUCCUGAUAUGAUCAGUCCACCACUUGGAGAUUUUCGUCACACCAUACACAUUGGAAAAGAAGGGCAACAUGAUGUUUUUGGGGACAUAUCCUUUUUGCAGGGAAACUAUGAGCUGUUGCCUGGAAAUGAAGGAGAAACCAGAAUUAGCCAGUCUGGUGGCCACAGUGAAUUCCUAAGGGCAAACAGCACUUCUGAAUCCAUGUUUACAGAAACUCCAUCACCAGUGCUCAAAAAUGCCAUUUCCCUUCCUGCCAUUGGGGGUUCUCAAGCCCUUAUGUUGCCCUUACUGUCACCAGUGACAUUUAAUUCAAAGCAAGAAUCCAUCAGGCCAUCCAGAAAUUCUAGGCUUAGCUGUGAGCCAGUAAUGGAAGAAAAUUUGCAGGAGAAAAGUAAACAGUUGGAACAUGGAGAAAUAGACAAAGAUGACGUAUGGGAGCCAAAUGGUUCUUCAUCACAUUUUACCAAUGGUAGAGACAGUCACUCAUCCAGCCUUUCGGAACGGUGCACUGAUUGGCAAACAGCUGAUAUAUUUGAUGACAGCCAACUUUCAUGUGAACUAACCAAGACAGAGACUAAGUCAGAAGAAUCCCUUUCAGAUCUUGCGGGCUCUCUUCUUUCAUUACAACUUGACUUGGGACCUUCACUUUUGGAUGAGGUCCUUAAUGUAAUGGACAAAAAUAAAUCUUAGAACUGGUACUCCUUGCUUCUUUAUAAGUCAUUCAUAUAAUACAAAAAAACACAACUCAAGAGUAGAGACACUUAAAAAUCAGCUGUAUUUGCAGUUGUUCAACGGGUUUUCUAAAAAUGUUAAGAAACUAUUUUUUUAUCUAUUGUUUUUCAUGAUUUUUAUUACAGUAAAUUCUCAUACCAGGAGGGUAAAUUUUAAUAACAGUUUUCAGCAAAUAUAAAAUGUUUUAAGUACCAGUAUUAACAAUCAGAAACUUAAGAAAUACAAUAUGAGAUUGAUACUGAUUGUGACAUUUGGUUAGUUCACUUCUACGAGCUUCUGAAUAUUUGAGAAUCUGUAAGUGUCAGUAAGGAGACUGAUAUUAAUUCUUCACCUUUAUAAAUUAUUGCAACAUCACUUUACAUGUAGGCCUCUUUCUAGAACCUUAUGUUUGGGAGUUUGAUUGUGUUUUUCUUCAUUUUUCAUAGUACCAUUUCUGUUAUACCUUCACUGUAACUAUUUCCUCUGUUUUCUACUGCUCUGUGUUCAGAUGUGAACAAUCUGAAGGCUCUUUCAGCUUGAACAUGUGGUCCAGAGUCUCAGCUGCUUUAAAUGAGCAUGCACAAAUUUAAACAAAUUGAGGCUUUGGGCCUGAUACUGUAUAUGAAAUCAUAUGUUGUAAACAGGUAACACAUGCAAGAUAUUAUGGUUAAAUUAUUUUAAAAGUUGAAAUAUAUUUUUGUGUGCAUUUUGGCUUUUUACUGCAGAGCCUACACAUACAGUAUCUCAUCAAAAUAGUUGCUUGACAAUAUUGGUGCUCUUCUGAAAGCUGUAUAAUUGUGUGUUUGAAGAGAAAUAUGUAUUGAUACUCCUAGCUUUUCUUCAUUUAUUGCCACACAUGCUUAAACUUGCAACCGAUUAUUUUAAUUUUUUGAAGAAGGCACUGGUUAUUCACGAUGCUUGAUGCGUGCUGCAACAGCCAAUGUUUUGGGAAAUGUGGAUCAUUUAAUACAGUACCUACAUAGAUUGCAUAGAUAUUUUGUGCAAUACAAUAAAAAAAUCUUCAAAUUGC